UAUUAUCAAUGUCAUCCUUCCAUUAUCUUAGUUCUCUAAAUUCCCUUUCUCUCUCUAGAUCACCCGGGUUACGUGCUACUUAUUGCUGUUUUAAACUGAAAAGUCAGCGCACUUCUCUCUCUUUCGUUUCUCUCUAAUCUCCAUUACCAUCACCAUUCAAACUUCUUAAGCUUCUAAUUUCCAUACCAAACCAUAUUCCUUUCUCUUCCAACCUCAUUCAAAAAAACACUGUUUUAUCUUCUUUUAUGCAACUUAUAACUUUACAAAAUCAAAUUUUAUCUCAGUUGGAGUUUAUUCAUAUGUAAUUCAAAAAUAAUUAAAUCUCGUCUUAGUUGAAGUUUACACCACUUUCAUUUGAACCGCCAUUUUUUUAGUCAUUUCCUUCUCGCAUUCUAGUCUCACCACUUUCAUUUCAUCUCUAGCCCUCUCCUUUUCUCAUCCUGACCGCGGUAAAAGUGUUUUUUUUUUUUUUGUUUUUUAAAAAAGGGGUUUUAGUUGGUAGUUAAAGAAAGAUCAUUGAUUCUUGUAUGGUACAUAAUUAGUUACGAUGUGCAGCAAUUUCUGCCAAGAAAUAGACGCUUACCAAGGCGAUCUUGCAGACAUCGUUCGUGCCAGUGGCGGUUUUAUAUCCACACAAAACUCUCCAAACAACUUGAUUAGUAAUAAUACUACAAAUCAUCAUACAACCCACGCCUUUGAUCAAUUGUCUACUCCUUUUGAUUCAAAUUAUGCAAAUAUAUCUCGAGAAGAUAAAACAAUCGGAGAUGAACAACUAGUGCAAGUUAUGGCGGCUGGGUUUUCGCCGACGACCUCAAAUAAUAAUAUUAACACUAGUUAUUGUUCUAGUAUGCUGCAAAUCUCAUCAAAUAAUAAUAAUAAUAAUAAUAAUAAUAAUAAUAAUAAUAAUAAUAAUAAUAAUAAUAAUAAUAUGAAAGUGGGAAUAGGAAUAGGAAGAGGGUAUGGAAUGAUGUGUAAUGAGAUGAUAUUAAGGAAUAAGAAUGGAAGUUUUGGUGAUGCUUCUGAUCUUGCUGCUGUUCAGAUCCCUUCUCCACGGAAUCAAGGCGUUAAGAGAAGGAAAAUACAAGCAAGGAAAGUGGUGUGCAUACCAGCACCAGCAGCAGCAAACAGCAGACAAACAGGAGAAGUGGUUCCAUCUGAUCUCUGGGCUUGGAGAAAAUAUGGUCAAAAACCCAUUAAAGGAUCACCUUAUCCUAGGGGAUAUUACAGAUGCAGUAGUUCAAAAGGUUGUUCGGCAAGAAAACAAGUAGAAAGAAGUAGAACUGACCCAAAUAUGUUGGUCAUUACCUACACUUCUGAGCACAAUCAUCCUUGGCCUACUCAAAGAAAUGCCCUUGCUGGUUCUACUCGUUCUUCCUCUUCCAAUAAGCCACCCUCCCAAAAACAGAUCAACCACAAUCCCACUACUAAUAAUCCUCUCUUCAAUGAUCCAUAUUCAUCAAAAACGAGCUCAAAUUCGCCCAUCAAACAAGAACAAAGGAUUUUAAUCCAUACAGACGAUAAUAGGGUGAGCGAUACUGGGUUGAUGACUAUGACUAUGACUAUGACAAAUGAUAACAAGGUGAGCGAUACUGGGUUGAUGACUAUGACUAUGACAGAUGAUUACAGGGCGGGCGAUACUGGGUUGAUGACUAUAACAGAUGAUAACAAGGCGAGCGAUACUGGGUUGAUGACUAUCACUAUGACAAAUGAUGAUAAGGUGCAAGACGAAUUAAUAAGAAUUAAUGAAAAUGAUGAGGAAUUGUUUAAUGACAGUUAUAGGCCAUUAAUUAUGGCAGAAUCAAGCACUAAUCAAGAUUUCUUUGCAGAUUUAGGUGAGUUUGAGAGUGAUGAAGAUCCAUUAAAGAUGUUUAAUACAAAUACUUUUAGUGGUCUAUUUGAUGAUUGGAAUACCAACAACAAUAUCACUAUUAAUGAGGACACUAUUGAGAAAAAAGGGUGAUUGCAAAUUGGGAAAGAUUUUUUAUUUUUUACUUCUAUUUAUGAUUGAUUAUACAUACAUUAUUAUACAAUGUUUUGUUUUGAUUGUAUUAUUAUUGAUUAGGUUAACUAAGUAGAUGAUUUGUAUAUUUAUUAACUCAUGGUGUUUAGAAUCGGUUUUAUCUCUGUUGGAGAUUAAGUUUUAUUUG